AUGCAUCCCAGUGCUCUUCUUGGUCUCCUGGCCUUUACUGCCGCCGCCUCUGCCCUCCCGGGUAGGGGCAAUCAUGGGCCCGCGGAUAUCAAGAACCUCAAGUCCCACAUCAAGAAUGUGGUCAUUCUGGUGAUGGAGAACCGCUCCCUGGACAACCUUCUUGGUGGCCAGACGAUCCCGGGCUUGGAGAACCCCGUUAACAACGGGCCCUUCUGCAACCCGUUUAACAUCACCGACCCCUCUCAGGGGCUCGCGUGCAGCGCGGCUAAGGACUUUGACUCGAUUCUGAAUGACCCGGAUCACGCCAUCUACGGCAACAACUUUGAGUUUUACGGCGAAUUCACACCGGACAACAAUGCCAUUGCGUCAGGCCAGUUGACUCCCACUCAGCAGGGAUUCGUCCAUGAACAGAUGCGCCUGUACCAGAAGAAGGCCAACAAAACCGAGUUGGCCACCCAGGUUAUGCACUACUACACGGAGGAACAAGUGCCCGUCCUCACUACUCUGGUUCAGAACUACCUGACCUUCAACCACUGGCACUCGGAUAUUCCUGGUAACACCAAUCCCAACCGUGCCGCGCUGGUUUCUGGCACCUCCUACGGCCACGGUCUCAAUGACGCGGCCUUCGACAAUCACGAGUUCCCGCAGCGCUCCAUCUUCCAGCAGUUGACCGAGACGGGUCAUUCCUGGAUCAACUACGUCGAUCCGAAGGGUGGCACAGGCCCUGACGCCGGCUACUUCAGCUGGACCUACGAGACCAACAACCAGGACAAGAUCCAGCCGUUGGCCAACUUCUACACUGAUGCCGCAGCGGGCAAGCUGCCCGAGCUAACGUACAUCAAUCCCUCGUGCUGCGGCGUGGGCACCAACUCGAUGCACCCAAGUGGUCUGAUCUCCGAUGGCGAAGCCCUCAUCAAGGGUGUCUACGAGGCUCUCCGCUCGGGACCGCAAUGGAACAACACUCUGUUCAUUUUGUCCUUUGAUGAGAGCGGCGGAUUUCACGACCACGUCCCUCCCCCGCUUGCUCCUCGUCCCGACAACUUGACUUUCACUCUUGCCACCCCCAACGGCCAGAACUACACUUUCCCGUUCGACCGUUUGGGUGGCCGCAUCCCCACGCUGCUGAUCUCUCCCUGGGUCAGCAAGGGAUUUGUCGAGCAGAAGGGCACCAACGCCAAGGGCCAGACCGUCUCGUACUCCGCCACUUCCAUCCUCCGCACUCUGGGAUACCUGUGGGACUUUGAGCCGUUCAACCCCCGUGUCGAGGGAGCUGCUUCGUUCGAGCAUUUGAUCUCCUCGCAUGCCCGGAAGGAUACUCCUGCUUCUCUGCCGGAGGCGGUUCCUUUCAGAAAGUAG